AGACUGUUUUCAAACAGGUGAAAAUAAGACUAGCAGUGCUUUGGGAAACUGACCCCAGGCCUUUGAUAAAAGUUUUUUUUUUGUUUGUUUCUCCUUUAGUUUCCAGGUCGGUUCAACAAUUUAUUGGUAAGAGCUGAUGCUGCAACGAGAAGGUAUCACGGGAGAGGCCAGUGAUUGCAAAACGGUCCUGGCGCUGAGUGUAACUUUGUCAGUAGGGAAGUGACUGGUGGUUUCCCCAGUGUGAUGCUGAUGCAAACUGUAUUAAGCAUUGUAUCUACCACGUGUGUUUACGUAUUAAUUGCCCGUUUCAAUAAGAUGAAAUGGUUUACAAUGGAUAUUAAAUACAGGCUGGACUCGGAUUCACGGCAUCCUAUUUUAAACUUUAAAAACAUCUAUCAACAUUUUACUGGCAAUAAGUAUAAACAAAACGCAAACAUUGACAUGUUUUAUACACUUGCUUUAUCAUUUCGCCUCCCGGCAAAGCAUUUUUAAAGUUACUGAAAAAUACAACGUAGCUCUCUGAAACGUCUUAAUCGAUGACUGCAUGUAAAGUAAGUUUUAGAUAUACACACAACACUCUUAAAUUAGUAACAGGGCUAGCGGGAUGGGGUACAACUGAAACAUGUGGACUACGCAUCCGCACCGGGUGAAUGGUGAAGGAGGUCUUAACUAGGAAACUGCAGUCUGUCAGGCUGGUCAGGGUUUUUGCGCACGACCACAAUUAACUGCCUUUUCCACGCCGGGAGAGAAAAAGUGCACUCGGUCCACAGAAGAUACUGAGCUAAGAUUGCAGAGGAAGGGUUAAGAGCUGGACGACACCUUUACAGCGUGUAGCUGCUCUUUCAAAUUCGCGUUAAACAAACAGAAUCAAAUGGACGAUGUCAAUGAAAAGACGAGUCUGCUGAGUGAGACGCGUAAAACCUACACGAUGAACGGAAGCCCAGGCAGUCAGCCUGCGGAGCGUCUCUUCCCCAGGUUCCUGUGUGACCUCAGCCCCCUGGAGCUGGCUGGAGCUGCUCAGCAGCAGCACUGUCACGGGAAGGUGGGCGAGACGAGCCGCGGGGAGCGGGAGAAGCGCAGGGCCCGCCUUCAGCUGUACGUGGCCUCAGCCGUCUGUCUGGUCUUCAUGAUCGGGGAGGUGGUGGGGGGGUACCUCGCCCACAGCCUGGCCAUCAUGACUGACGCGGCACACUUACUGACGGACUUUGCCAGCAUGCUGCUCAGCCUCUUCUCACUGUGGAUGGCAUCGCGCCCCGCCACCAAAACCAUGAACUUUGGGUGGCAUCGCGCGGAGAUCCUGGGCGCGCUGGUGUCUGUGCUGUCUAUCUGGGUGGUGACCGGGGUCCUGGUGUACCUGGCAGUGCAGAGGAUCCUCACUGAGCAGUAUGAGAUCGACGGCAGGGUGAUGCUCAUCACAUCGGGCUGUGCCGUCGCUGUCAACGUCAUAAUGGGGAUCACACUCCACCAGUCCAGUCACCUUCACGGGCACAGCCAUGGGCAUCACGGUGCGUCUCACUCCCACGACACCUCUGCCAGCCCCCAGCAGAACCCCAGCGUGCGGGCCGCCUUCAUCCACGUGAUCGGGGACCUGCUGCAGAGCGUGGGCGUGCUGAUCGCUGCCUAUGUCAUUUACUUCAAGCCAGAGUACAAGAUCAUCGACCCGAUCUGCACCUUUCUCUUCUCUCUGCUGGUCCUGGCCACCACCAUCACCAUCCUGAGAGAUGUCCUGAGGGUCCUCAUGGAGGGUAGGUCUCCCCUGAGACAGGGCUCCAGCACAGAGCUCAGAGUCUCCCCUGAGACAGGGCUCCAGCACAGAGCUCAGAGUCUCCCCAAGAGACAGGGCUCCAGCCAGAGCAGAGUCUCCCCAAGAGACAGGGCUCCAGCACAGAGCUCAGAGUCUCCCCUGAGACAGGGCUCCAGCACAGAGCUCAGAGGCUGGGGUCAGUGUGAUGCAGUGUAUAGGGUGUGA